GAGGAGGGGGCAGCCCGGGGUGGGGGGGCGCCCUCGCGAAGCCUCGUGCCACUAGGAGCGCUCACGCCAGCGAGGCCGGGUCUAGCCGAGUGACCGCGGUCUGGCCACGCGGUCGCCCAGGGACGCGCGUCCUCCGUAGGGACAAAGGGUCGGGAAACUUGAGCCGGGCCCGUCCCGGAAAAUCCGGGCUGCGGUCGCCAUGGCAACGGAGUCGGGCCCGCGGCGGCCGCCCCCGGCCCCGGCUCCGGCCCCGGCCCGGCCCACGAGGGGGCGCUGGGGGCGGGAGAGGGACCCCGCGCGGCCGGCCCCGAUGCCCGCCCCGCCCUCCGGCCGCGGCCGCCGGCCCGAGCCCGCGACUGACCCUCGGCAGCUCCUGUAGUCACGUGGCGCUGGGAACCGGCGGGGGGGCUGGGCACGGGCCUGGCAGUGGUGAACUCGAACCUGCUGCUGUCGCCGCGGCGGGGUGGGGAGCGCGGCCGCCGGCGCCGGCUUUCCGGCCCCAUGGACGCGCGACGCGGCUCCGCGCUCCCCGCCGGAGAGGUAAGGCUGGCCUCUCUGCCGUCAGAGGUCUGAGCUCUGCCAUGGGGGUAGGGGUGUCUUUACUGCUGCAGUUUUCUCUGACAUCUGGGGGCUACCAGAGUGUGGGCCGAAGCAGGCGCUCCAGCCGCAGAAGUAUCCCCAGGAGCCUCCCCGGGAGGAGCUGGAAAAAGCCUCAUCUCCUGCUCCACAGCCUCCAGGCAGAGGAAGAACCGAUGCUGGAACGUCGCUGCAGGGGCCCCGUGGCCAUGGGCCCCGCCCAGCCCCGACUCCUUUCAGGGCCCUCCCAGGAGUCGCGGCAGACCGUGGAGAAGGAGCCCCAGGGGCUGAGGUUACAAGGCACUGCGCUGGCCCAGAAGGGCGGCCAGGCCCCAAGUCGGGCCCAUCGUUGUGCCCACUGUCGAAGGCACUUCCCGGGCUGGGUGGCCCUCUGGCUUCACGCCAGGCGCUGCCAGGCCCGCCUGCCCCUGCCCUGUCCUGAAUGUGGCCGUCGCUUCCGCCAUGCCCCUUUCUUGGCACUGCACUGCCAGCUCCAUGCAUCCGCCACCCCAGACCUGGGCUUCGCCUGCCACCUCUGCGGGCAGAGCUUCCGAGGCUGGGUGGCCCUGGUUCUGCACCUGCGGGCCCACUCGGCGGCAAAGCGGCCCAUCGCCUGUCCCGACUGCGAGAGACGCUUCUGGCGGAGAAAGCAGCUGCGGGCCCAUCUGCGGCGCUGCCACCCGCCGGCCCCCGAGGCCCGGCCCUUCAUAUGCGGCAACUGCGGCCGCAGCUUCGCCCAGUGGGACCAGCUGGUUGCUCACAAGCGGGUUCACGUGGCCGAGGCCCUGGAAGAGGCAGCGGCCAAGGCUCUCGGGCCCCGGCCCCGGGGCCGCCCGGCGGUGACCGCGCCCCGGCCGGGUGGAGACGCCGUCGACCGCCCCUUCCAGUGUGCCUGCUGCGGCAAGCGCUUCCGCCACAAGCCCAACCUGAUCGCCCACCGCCGCGUGCACACGGGCGAGCGGCCCCACCAGUGCCCCGAGUGCGGGAAGCGCUUCACCAAUAAGCCCUACCUGACCUCGCACCGGCGCAUCCACACGGGCGAGAAGCCCUACCCGUGCACCGAGUGCGGCCGCCGCUUCCGCCACAAACCCAACCUGCUGUCGCACAGCAAGAUCCACAAGCGCUCCGAAGGCUCUGCCCAGGGUGCCCCCGGCUCGGGGAGCCCCCAGCUGCCCGUCCGCCCCCCGGAGCCCUCGUCAGAGCCCGCCCCGGAGCCCCCGCUGAAGCCGGCCCCCGAGCCUCCGGGGGCCGCAGGGGAGCGGCCGCGGGCCCCGGCGGAGGCCCCGCCCUCUCUGUACAGCUGCGAGGACUGUGGGCGGAGCUUCCGGCUGGAGCGCUUCCUGCGGGCCCACCAGCGGCAGCACACGGGCGAGCGCCCCUUCACCUGCGCCGAGUGCGGGAAGAACUUCGGCAAGAAGACCCACCUGGUGGCCCACUCCCGGGUCCACUCCGGCGAGCGGCCCUUUGCCUGCGAGGAGUGCGGGCGCCGCUUCUCCCAGGGGAGCCACCUGGCCGCCCACCGGCGCGACCACGCGCCCGAGCGGCCCUUCGUCUGCCCGGACUGCGGGAAGGCUUUCCGCCACAAGCCCUACCUGGCCGCCCACCGGCGCAUCCACACGGGCGAGAAGCCCUACGUCUGCCCCGACUGCGGCAAAGCCUUCAGCCAGAAGUCCAACCUGGUGUCCCAUCGGCGCAUCCACACGGGCGAGCGCCCCUACGCCUGCCCUGACUGCGACCGCAGCUUCAGCCAGAAGUCCAACCUCAUCACCCACCGCAAGAGCCACAUCCGGGACGGCGCCUUCUGCUGCGCCAUCUGUGGCCAGACCUUUGACGACGAGGAGAAGCUUCUGGCCCAUCAGAAGAAGCAUGACGUCUGAGGGGAGGGCCAGGCAGGGAGCCGCC